AUGGAAGAAGGAAUUGAUAAUCCCACAAUUAAUGAUAUUGACAAUCCAAUAGAAGAAGAAAAAGGAAUUGAAUAUAUUUUGUUAAUGGUAAUAUUACUAUUUGGGAAUGGAAUGACAAUAUUUUGUUUAUGUAAAAUGAUACAUAAAGCGAGAAAACAAGAAAUAGAGAAUUAUAAGAAUAUUCUAGGACAUAUAUUUUAUAAACCAAAACAUGCGAUCAUAUUAAUGAUAAUCAAUUCAAUUGGAAUAGGAAUAUAUUUUUGCCAUUGUAGUUUAAUUCUUAGUGAAAUACUUGAAAUAAAAACAGUUGAAAGAAUAAGAAGAAUAAUAAUAAUAACAGAAAUUAUUUGUUCAGGAAUUAUCUCAAUCAUAAUAGGGAAAUUAACAAAACAAUGGAAAAUAAAACAUAUCAAAACAAUAGGAAUAUCAGGUAUUAGUCAAAUAGUAAUAAUAAUAGUAAUAUUGAAUGAAAUAAACAUAAUAAGUAUUGGAAUGAUAAUUUUGAUGAUUAGUAUGAUGACAAUAAUUGGAUAUUAUAUUGGAAAUCAAAUAAAAGAAACAAAACAGAGUUUGAUUCCAAGACCAAUUCAACAACAAACAUUUAUUCAUUCAAACUAUUUUAAAGCAAUAGUUUGUGGAAUUAUUAUCUAUUUUAUAAAGUUAUGGACAAUUCAAGAGAAUCAAGGUAAAACAAUUAUGAUGAAAACAAAUAAUUCAGGAAAACAAGGAAUAAUAAUAAUCAAUAAUAUACUAAGUAAUCUGUUGAUGAUAUUAAUAACAUGGAUAAGAAUAUUUUCUCAAUUACAAAUAGAAGUUUGA